ACUAAAAAACUCUAAAACCAAUACCAUCUUCUCCAUCUUUUUUAAGACUAAAAUACUAGAAGAUAUCUUAAACAAACACGCACUCUCUCUCUACUGCACUGCACCUGCAGCAUUAGUAGUACUCUCUAGUUGCUGUCUAUUGCAAUGAAUACUACUUUCUGAUAAACCCAUUCCAUCUUCUUUGCCUCUUCUCUUUUCUGUUAUAUACACAUGAAUGCUCCUCCUCAUCAUCUAAUUCUCUGAUUUCUCUCUCACUAAAAAAAAAAAUCAUGGAAGAAACUGAAAAAGCUAAAACCAACAACAACAGCUACAGUAAUUCUAAAACUAGAUUUUGCAGAGGAAGGUCUACUAACCUUAAUCAUCACCACCAACAUCAUCAUCAUCAACAACAACAACAGCAGCAGCAACAUUCAUAUCAAAAUGGUUUCUUUUAUCAUAACAAUAAUCCAUAUCAAACAUACCCACCUCUUCUUCCUUUACCUACACCACCUCCAUUACUACAUCUUCAAUUUCCUCCUGCAACUCCUCUUCUUCCUCACAACUACAAUAAUAAUAACUACAAGUCUAAACCCACCCAUGUUCAGAAAUCUUAUUCAUGGAAGCAGCAAAUAAAUCAUCUUUCUCCUCCUCUUGCAUCUUCCUCUGUUACCCAAUCACCUCCAUUGUUAACUGUUUCACAAGCCGCUUCAAAAGCCCUCCAAAAGAAAUUGAGUUUGCACACAACACAGAAUGAUGAUGUAAUGCCUAUCAGUAUGACUGUUGCAUCAACAGUGGUAGCAAAAAGACCAGAUUCUGGUGGACAAGAUGGUGCAGUAAUUCCCUUGCUUGCAAAUCAUUUCCUAGUUGAGUUUGAUGCUUCGGAACGAAUUUUUCAUUACGAUGUCGAUAUCUCUCCGCAGCCUUCCAAAGAAGUUGCUAGAAUGAUUAAGAAGCAGUUAGUGCAGGAAAACCAAGAAUAUUUGUCUGGUGCUCAUCCAGCGUUUGAUGGCAGAAAAAAUUUGUACAGUUCUGUUGAAUUCCAGGAGGAUAAGCUCGAGUUCUUCGUUAAUCUCCCAAUACCCACCGCAUCCAAAUCAUUUUUACAUUCGGAAGGGAACAAUGAAUUGGUGGAGGAGAAGCUACAGAAAUCUAAACUAUUUCGGGUGAAUAUCAAACUUGUUUCGAAAUUGGAUGGAAAUGAACUGGUUAGCUACUUGAGCAGAGACGGGGAAAGCUCAAUUCCAAUACCUCAGGAUUAUCUCCAUGCAUUGGAUGUUGUUCUUCGAGAGGAUUCAGCGGAGAAAUGUAUACCAGUUGGGAGGUCUCUAUAUUCAAGUUCAAUGGGAGGAGGAACUACGGAUAUCGGAGGAGGUGCAGUUGGAUUGAGAGGAUUUUUCCAGAGUCUAAGACCAACCCAACAAGGCCUUGCUCUCAAUGUGGAUUUCUCUGUUACAGCUUUUCAUGAGAGCAUUGGAGUCAUCCCUUAUCUGCAGAAGAGGCUAGAUUUCCUUCACGAUCUUUCGCAGAGGAAGACAGCAAGUUUAGUUGGGGAAGAGAAGAAAGAAGUGGAGAAAGCUUUAAAAAACAUCAGAGUUUUUGUUUGCCAUCGAGAAACCGAUCAGAAAUAUCGGGUUUUUGGCUUAACUGAUGAAACUACUGAGGAUCUUUGGUUUACAGAGAGAGACGGAACGACUCGUAGAUUGGUGGAUUACUUCAAGGAUCACUACAAUCAUGAUAUACAGUUCAGGAACUUGCCGUGUUUGCAGAUUAGUAGGAGUAAACCAUGUUAUCUUCCUAUGGAACUCUGCAUGGUAUGUGAAGGCCAGAGAUUUCUUACAAAGCUUUCAGAUGAUCAGACAGCGAAGAUUCUUAAAAUGGGGUGCCAACGUCCCAAGGAACGGAAAGCAAUUAUCGAUGGAGUCAUGGGAAGCAGAUCAAUUGGACCAACAAGUGGUGACAACGGGAAAGAGUUCAACCUUCAAAUUUCAAGAGCAAUGACACAAUUGACCGGAAGAGUCCUUCAACCUCCUAAAUUGAAGCUUGGUAAUGGUGGCCAUGUAACAGAACUAAUUCCAUCUCGGCAGGACCGGCAAUGGAACCUUUUAGAGAGCCAUGUCUUUGAAGGAACCAGAAUUCAUAGAUGGGCAUUAAUAAGUUUCGGCGGCACCCCAGAUCAAAGAUCUUGCAUUCCUAGAUUCGUAAACCAGUUAUCUCAAAGAUGUGAGCAGUUGGGUAUAUAUCUUAGCAGGAAUCCCAGCCUUAGCUCACAAUUUGAACCAAUCCAAGUUCUUAACAAUGUCUCGCUUUUGGAGUCCAAGCUUAAGAAAAUUCACAGAGCAGCUGGUUCAAACAAGCUACAACUUCUAAUAUGUGUAAUGGAGAGAAAACACAGAGGCUAUGCAGAUUUCAAACGAAUUUCUGAGACAAGUACCGGUGUUGUUAGUCAAUGCUGCUUGUAUGGUAACCUUGCCAAUAAGUUGAGCUCUCAGUUUCUUGCAAACUUGGCUCUCAAAAUCAAUGCCAAAGUCGGUGGGUCUACUGUAGCUUUGUAUAACUCACUACCAUCUCAAUUGCCGAGAUUGUUCGGCGCAGAUGAACCAGCAAUCUUCUUCGGGGCAGAUGUUACUCAUCCACAUCCCCUUGAUGAUUUUAGCCCUUCCGUUGCAGCUGUGGUCGCAAGCAUGAAUUGGCCAGCAGCUAACAAGUACAUUUCAAGAAUCAGGUCUCAAACACACCGACAGGAAAUAAUCCAAGAUCUCAAGGAAAUGGUUGGAGAAUUGCUGGAAGAUUUUUAUCAAGCAGUACAUAUACUUCCCAAGAGAAUUAUCUUUUUCCGAGACGGAGUUAGCGAAACCCAGUUCAAGAAAGUUCUUCAAGAGGAAUUACAAGCCAUCAAAGCUGGUUGUCUAAGGUUCCCUGAAUAUAGACCGACAAUCACGUUUGCAGUUGUUCAGAAGAGACACCACACAAGACUGUUCCCAAACGAAACCGAUCGAGCCUCUAGACAUUCUGAUGAAAAUAUACCUCCAGGUACAGUUGUGGAUUCGGUGGUUACUCAUCCGAAGGAAUUCGAUUUCUAUCUUUGUAGCCAUUGGGGUACAAAGGGAACAAGCCGUCCUACACAUUACCAUGUAUUGUGGGAUGAGAAUGAAUUCAGUUCAGAUGAACUGCAGAAACUGGUAUACAAUCUAUGUUACACAUUUGCAAAGUGUACAAAACCAGUCUCUUUGAUUCCUCCAGCUUAUUAUGCCCACCUUGCAGCUUACAGAGGUCGACUCUAUCUCGAUAGAUCAUCAGAUUCAAGUGGUAUAAUCAGAACAACAACUUCCUCGAUAUCCCGGGCAUCGCCUCUUCUGAAGACUACACCAUUACCUAAACUAAGUGAAAAUGUAAAGAAAACCAUGUUUUAUUGCUGAUAUAUUCCUAUCUAUAUUUUCUUGAUAA